AUGUUUACUCUCGAGCAAUUUCUUCAAAAUACAACUUGGAAUCCAACUUUGGAAGACGCAGGUGAAGCAGGCAAGAAAAUCCUGCAUAUGCGUCUUCAAGUCAAACCUGGAACGACAGCCAACAAUUUGGACAUCAAACUCAACGGUCACGAUUUACGUAUCAACUUUGAAAACAAAGCUGGACCGGAAUACAAACAAGUGACAAUUUGGCCAACAGCGGAAUUGGACAAACUCAAAACCGAAUUGAAAAACGACGGUUUCCUUCAUAUUACAGUUCCUAUUAAAGAUCUUGUCUUAUCACGAAUUAUUCAUGCUAAUCCAGACAUUUUCACAUCUUUUUUUUGCAUUUUUGCUUGA